ACCGAAAUAGUGCCCACAAUUGCCCACUAACAUCACUGCGCUCCGUUUGCGUAACCCGGCAGAAUUUUUUUUUUUACUAUUUUUUUUUUCGUUGCAGGUGGUGAGCCCCGCGGUCAAUUGGAUUCAAGGAAAUUCAUCCCUCCAUCCAAUCUUUCUUCUCCUGUUAUGCAGCCGUAACCAGACUUUCAACAAGUACGAUUGCGCACAAUUCCAUCCAAACCUCGUUAUUACAAUCUUCGCCAUGGAUCUUCUCUAGAGUUUCAGGAUCCCCUUUACGAACUUGUUCACCGUUGCUUCAGCUUGAGACCUGGACUUGUCUCGCUUCCUUCUUCGGUCUUGUGACCUCUUAUAACUUCUUCAUCCCAUCUCUUGUCAAGGUCUGAAGUUCAACCACAGUGCCGUCUCUAUACAUAGGAUAUACAUAGGACUACCACCGCAAUCGGACCAAAAAUAGGAUCGCUCUGCAGCAGUAAACCUUGAAUCCAUCCUCGAGCACGACAGACACUGCAUACGACGCGACUUAUAACCAUUGAACCCUCCUCUAUAAGCCAGUCAUAUAUUUUUAUCAAACGUCAACUUUUUUUCCCUCGACACCGCCUUUUCUUCCCGUACUAGAUCACCAAGAUGGUUAGAAACAUCGUUAUUCUCUCCGGGAACUCUCACCCAGCCCUCUCGGAGUCCGUGUGCAAUAUGCUGGGAAUUCCCCCUGGGAAUCGUAUAUUGAGCAAAUUUUCAGUUGGCGAAACUCGCUGCGAAAUCCAGGACUCUGUGAGAGGCAAGGAUGUUUUCAUCAUCCAGUCUGGAGGCGGUUGCGUGAAUGACCACCUAAUAGAGCUCUGCAUCAUGAUAUCUGCCUGCAAAACGGGCUCGGCAAAGCGCGUCACAGCCGUGCUUCCGUUAUUUCCCUACUCUCGACAACCCGAUCUACCUUAUAAUAAGAUUGGGGCACCUCUAUCGAAACCUCCAACUGAAGUCCCCAAGGACAAGUAUACGUUCGAGAGCGUUCCAGCCACCCCUGCACCUGGAAUCAUUAAGAGCGCCAGUUUUGGCAAGGAGACCGAUCUUGCUAGGGUUAUGAGCAAAGUCUCCCUUUCUAACGGCAUCACGAAUGGUCUAGCUCGUACUAAUAGUGAGAACUAUUUUAACGGUAACGGGAGCACAAAUGGAGAUAUCCCUUCGGCCCAGAACUACCUCACGCAUUCGCGUACAGGAAGCUACACUACCCACGACUAUGAGAACCCCGGACUUAUCUCUACUUUCCAGGCCAAGCCGGGGUAUAAGAGAUGGGUUGCGCAGGCUGGAACUCUGGUGGCAGAUCUAUUGACCUGUGCCGGUGCGGACCACGUUGUCGCUCUGGAUCUUCAUGAUCCUCAAUACCAGGGCUUUUUCGACAUUCCCAUGGACAAUUUGUACGGCCGACCCCUGCUGAAGCGAUACAUCCAGCAGAAUAUUCCCGACUAUAAGGAAGCCGUGAUCGUGAGUCCGGAUGCCGGUGGCGCGAAAAGAGCUACUGCCAUCGCUGAUAGCUUAGGCAUGGACUUUGCCCUCAUCCAUAAGGAACGACGUCCAACGCGGAUCACAGAUCGACAAAACGCGACGAUGAUGCUCGUGGGUAAUGUUGCCAACCGAGUUUGUAUACUCAUUGAUGAUUUGGCCGAUACCGCCAACACCAUCACACGUGCUGCAAAGCUCGUGCGCAAGGAGGGAGCCACGGCUGUCUAUGCGCUUCUCACGCAUGGCGUGUUCAGUGGUGAUGCCAUCGCGCGCAUCAAUGCUUCAGCCAUUGAUAAGGUGAUUGUAACCAACUCGGUUCCUCAGGACGAGCACAAGAGGCUAUGUCCUAAGCUCGAAGUACUAGACGUGGCGCCUAUAUUUGCCGAGGCCAUCCGCCGCAUCCACCACGGUGAAUCUAUCAGCGUCUUGUUUCAGUAUGACUGAGCAUUCCCGAGGUUCGACAAGAUCGACGUUACAUAUUCCGAUCGUCGAGGACCGCACCGGCUGCGUAGGGUUAUCGCUACGGAGACAGUCUGCUAGGACACUGAGGACGAGCGCGACAGGCCGUAUUUCACCAUUAGACGAAUCUUUCGCGACUAUGACGAUUCAGUGGACGCAUUUCCUGUUUGGGGGAAUUCUUUGGACCUGAGCCUCGACGCUCAGUUUUAAUCGUCUCUCGUUUAAUAUGGAAUGCACAAAGCCACCGACUAUGGCUCCGAGUAAAGGUAGGCUGCACUUACUAGGUGGUUUACUUUUUUUUCUUUCUACCGUCUGCCUAUUGCGACUAGGCGCUUAUGGUAAUGGUUGGAGGUUCUCACGGACGCCGUAGUAUCUCAUAGAGAGGAGUUUCUAGGUCGGGAAAGUAAGAAAACCUUCUCACAAGCCUACCUCACUGAGGGUCGUAAAUGCCAUACGGGCCUGCACCAAACUUCCCGUCUGUGAUUUGCAUUGUGGUCAGUCUUUAUCACGAUGAUGCGGAGAUGCUAAGUUACUAUACGACUGCCUAUGUAUAGGUACAGGUAUAGGGUGUUAUAAGGUCCUAGUUUCCAUACUAGUUCAUAUACUAAAAGGGUGAGAUCGAUUUCAGGGGUUGCGUAUUUUUCGAUAUAGACCAAGGGUGACUUGACCGGAUACAUCGUCACGAGAUUACUCUUAAAUAAAAAUAAAUAGAAUUAUUAGACGAA